AUGCAACUCCUUUACGCUGUUCUUGCUCUGACGACAAGCUGUCUGGCAGCAAGCCAUACCAGCGCUCCUGCAGGUGCUUUGAUUGUUGGCAGUGGAGGCUAUGGCACGAUCCAGGCUGCUGUAAACGCCCUCUCGUCGGCGACUGAAAGUGCUCAAACGAUCUUCAUCAAACCUGGCACUUACAAAGAGCUGGUCGCAAUCAAGAAACUGGCUGGACCAUUGACGAUUUAUGGAUACACUGAGGAUACGAGCUCCUAUUCUGCAAACCGAGUCAUUAUCACGGCUGCAAACAGCGCAGCCUCAGCUGGGGGCGAUGAUGCUUCAGGUACAUUGAGAGUGGAGACUAGCAAAGGCUUUAAGAUGUACAACAUCAAUGUCGUGAACUCCUAUGGUCCAGGCUCACAAGCAAUUGCGGUGUCUGCGAAUGCUGAUGUAAGUCUCUUCUCAAUCCUCACCACAUCUGGCCUUCAGUUGACUCUCGCUUUCGCUUGUAGAAUCAAGGCUACUACGCUUGUUCCUUCACGGGCUAUCAGGAUACCCUGCGCGCCGCGAAAGGCCAUCAGCUCUACGCCAAAUGCUACAUCGAAGGUGCCAUCGAUUUCAUCUUUGGCAAGACUGCAUCCGCCUGGUUCGAUUCUUGCGAUAUUGGUGUCCUUCCCCAGUCGUCUCAAGGCGCCAUCACCGCUUCUGGCCGCUCGUCCGCCGAUUCCAGUUACUAUGUUUUCAACAAAGCCACCAUAGCUGCAGCGCACGGACAAUCCGUUGCCGCUGGGACUUAUUAUCUGGGACGGCCAUGGGGCGACUAUGCCCGCGUUGCGUUCCAGUACUCGAGUAUGUCCAGUGUGGUCAAUGCGGCUGGGUGGCAAGUCUGGGAUUCGGGCGAUGAGAGGACGGGCCAUGUUAUGUUGGCGGAAUACCGGAAUACUGGCACCGGAGCGAAAGGGCAGAGGGCCAGGUUUGCAACUACGCUGAGUAGAGCGUUGGUCAUCGGCGAAAUCCUGGGCGGUGGGUAUGCUAGCGCCGUUUAUGUCGAUACGUCGUAUCUUUAA